AUGGCCCUGGCUUACCACCUGAGGGAUUAUUCGUCCUUGAAGAUGAAUGGAGAAGGGAAAGACGAAUUCAAUGCCAUGGGAGACGGCAUUUUUUGUCUUGUCCGACGAGUAAUUCGUUGGUCAAGCCUCGACGAUGAGGUAACGAGGAGCACAGGGAUGUCACCUAGCUUAAGACCAGCAUCAAUCAUAUGCAUCUUCUCCUACACACGCUCUCAAAAUGAGACGAGUUUAGCUGCCACGUAUGAGCCAUGGACACGCAGCCGUCACGUCUCCAACAAUUCCGGUGGGUCUGUCACCGACAAGAUUGGACCUGCGGCUUCGAAACGGUUAGAUGAUCGUCAGAACGAACCGCACUGCCACAUCAUGAGGCGUGAUGGGUUAAUCGGCGGGAUUUCCGGGAACUACCAAGUUCUGUUCAGUGGGCCAGCGGUGUUCCCUCAAAUCGUUCACGUAAUUCUGGGUAAUGCCGACUCUAUAAAUAUGCAACUUCCUGACACGACGAUCGGGUUUGCCCGUAUGUCUAUCAGACCAAUCGAAGGAAGCCAGUCAUUCCUCAUAAAAACCAUCGAACUCGAGGAGAAAGGGCCGCGGCCAGUAGUUAUAAAUACCAGUAUGCCUCGUUGGCUUAGGACACCACUUGAGGACCUACCACUUGAGGACCUCGAGUUCAUGAAUCCAACCUUGCUCACAAACUCUGGAGCGAAGCAAGCGGCGCCUUCCUAA